AUGGAGAUGACGAUGAUGCUGAGCGUUGACGUUGUGGCGAGGAGUGUCGAAGCUAGCCAGGGGAUCGGCCCUCCACGCUGCGAUGCUCUCCACGUUGUCGAGCUCGUGUCAAUCACACGGUCCACCCUGACACGUGAAGCAUCAUUAGCUCUUGCCGGCUGCGAACAGGUGCAAUUUCGCUAUGUUUCAUUGUCAGGACAGCAAGGCCGGAAUGAGCCUAUGGUCAGCGUGUGUGCCGAGCAUCGUCAUCCGCUGGUUCUGGCAACAUUCCAGAAAUCACAAGCAAGCCGAAGCAGAAACGGCCCGCUCGCUAUUAGUUGGCUAGCUGGCGGUGGAGUCGAUGCAGUGCAGAUGCUGUCUGUCGAUCUGGCUGCGGAAGCCCAUCUCGUGACGCUCUAA